GGGCUUCAUUCACUCACGUGAUUUCCCGCCUUCAACAGGUGAAUAUAGUCUCUCUCUCCUCCAGUCGCCGGUUAGUUAAUUCUUCAGAUAGUCUCCAACACGCGUGCAACUCAGUUUCAACAUUCCAGUCGCUCCACCAAAUAUAAAUCAGCGGGGUAUAAUAUAUAAGAGUUAAUAUGGCGAGACCACAAAAUCAUUUCCUCAUUGGUCUCCUAGCAGCAGCCGCCUACCUGUUAUCGCAGGUUGAUGGUGCGGAUUUACGAGAGUUAAAAGUCCAAUGUUCACGCUCGGGUCUUACGGUCCAUGUCAAAUUCGAUGGUCCCUUCUACGGGAUUGUCUACUCGCAGAAUUAUUACCAAGUGCCUCAGUGCACUUAUGUGACGUCAGACAACAGCCAGGGCCGCACCUCUUUCAGUUUUAACGUGCCACAAAAAGGUUGCGGAACCGUCAGCCAAUCGGGUUACAAGAAGUCCAACAAUGUCAACACGUUCCAGCGAUCGUUGGACGUCCAGCCGGCAGCAGCAGCACAUCAGCUCGAAAACGAGGAAAUUUCAUUGGAGAAUACCAUCGUUAUCCAGCACGAUCCCGACUUUCAAGAGGCCGGAGAUACGGCCCGCCGUUUGCGUUGCGUUUGGGGCGCCCAUUCGCUACAGAAAUCCGUCAACGCCAAAAUGCCCGAAGUCUACCAACCCUCGACGAUUACGGUAAAGUACGAUUACCGAACCGUAAACCAGCUGGUGGAGGUCCAAUCGGACAGACGUGGACCACUUAGCUUACCGGCCAGAGGUUUCAUUAGCAGUUCACCGGCCCAUUCAUCCCUUGUCAUUUACUUGAAAAAUUCAGGUCAGCGAUUCGAUGCCAAUGUCCUGUCGUGCACUUAUUCCGAUGGCCACAAGGGUGAAACUAUCCAAUUGACGGAUGAGGAAGGAUGUUCACUCCGUCCCGAUUUGACGACCGUCUUUUACAAACUCAAAGAAACUACCAAUCCCAAUACUGAUUUAACCCUCUACACUUACUUCAGGGGAUUGAAAGCGCUCCGUGAAAGUUAUUUUUCCAUUACCUGCAAUGUGGAGAUUUGUUUCCCUCGAUGCAGCGAACGUUGCCGCAACCGUCUUGCCUAAUACUCACAUUCUAUCUCUUCUUUUUUAAAUUAAAAAACUAAUAUUAAGGCGUGAAUGCUGUGCGUGAACGGUUGCUGCUUGCUUGUGCCCCAUCAUCAUUGGAAGAAGAAAUAAUCAAGUUACAACAGCUAAUUAUUAGUACACCAAAUAGUACAUUUGUAGUAAUUAAUAUAAGAAAAGGUCAAGCUGGAUUUGGCUUUCUUAAAAAAACAUGUGGCAAAAAUUAACACUAUUAAACACCUUCUUUAAUUAUAUUCAUCUUUUUAAAAAAAUUGCUUUUUUUGUCAAACUGAUUUGCAUUUUUAUGUUUUUUUUUUCCCCCACCGAGUUUGACAUCGUUUUAGCAUAUCUAUCGGCCUAUUUGCUUAUUAUGUAUUAAAAAUGAAUCGAAAAUACAUUACCCAUGUUUUGAAAUAAUAAUCUCACCCCGCCUAGUUUUUAUAAAUGAAUAAAACGAAUUCACUGACCUUAGUGAAAAAAUAUACUCAGGUCGUUACGGAAUUUGUGUGAAACUAUUUUUCGAGUUAAGCUUUAUUUAACGGCUAGGAGGAAAACGAGAAUAUUAUCAAGGAAUCGUUUUUCGUAAAUGGCAUUAUUACACCAAAGAUUACGAUCGCACGGACCUGGCAGACUUUUCCCAUUACCGCUCUCCGAUUUUUAAUUGUCGAACGAAAUCAAAGGCGCCAGACGUUCAUUUUUUUUUCAAGUCCCGAGGAUUCACGAUUCAGUUUUAACGACUCAAACAAAAAUAAUUCACAAGGAGAUCGACCUCGAAGCCAUCUAUCGGUGCGAAUGCGAAAAAUCUAUUUGAUAAUAAUAAUAGACUUAAAAUCUAUCAGAUAUUGCCGAGUUUAAUAUUCUUGAGGUACAACGUAUUUUCCAUCGAGGUAUCGAGUCAUACGAGAG